UUGCUGAUGUAAACUCAGUUGGCUGUUGCUCAAUCAAGAUGAGUGGAUUGGGAGAAAACUCCUUGGACAGCUUGACCAGUGAGUCAAGGAAACGCAAGCCAUUGCCCUGUGAUGCCCCAGGACCAGGUCUGAUCUGCAGUGGUGAGAAACGCCGACGUGAGCAGGAAAGCAAAUAUAUUGAGGAGCUAGCUGAGCUGAUAUCUGCUAAUCUGAGUGACAUUGACAAUUUCAAUGUCAAACCAGAUAAAUGUGCAAUUUUAAAGGAAACUGUAAGACAGAUCCGGCAGAUAAAGGAACAAGGAAAGACAGCAUCCUGUGAUGAUGAUGUACAGAAGGCUGAUGUAUCUUCUACAGGUCAAGGGGUUAUUGAUAAGGAUUCAUUGGGACCUCUUUUACUACAGGCAUUGGAUGGUUUCCUGUUUGUAGUAAAGCGAGGUGGGAACAUUGUAUUUGUAUCAGAAAAUGUCACACAAUAUCUGCAGUAUAAACAAGAGGAUUUGGUUAAUACAAGUGUCUACAACAUCUUGCAUGAAGAGGACCAGAAGGACUUCCUUAAAAACUUACCUAAAUCUGCAGUUAAUGGAGUUGCUUGGACCAAUGAAACACCUAGACAGAAGAGUCAUACGUUUAAUUGCCGCAUGAUGGUAAAAACAUCUCAUGAUCUUUUGGAUGAUGUGGGCAGCAACCAGGACUCGCGUCAGAGAUAUGAAACCAUGCAGUGUUUUGCUUUAUCUCAGCCAAGUGCUAUGAUGGAAGAAGGGGAAGAUUUGCAGUCCUGUAUGAUUUGUGUGGCACGUCGCAUCACUACAGUGGAAAGGGUAUUUCCAACAAACCCAGAAAGCUUUAUUACAAGACAUGACCUUUCAGGUAAACUCGUCAACAUAGAUACAAACUCAUUACGGUCUUCCAUGAGACCUGGCUUUGAAGAUACAAUCCGUCGGUGUAUUCAGAGGUUUUUGUGCCAUAAUGAUGGACAGUCCUGGUCAAACAAACGCCACUAUCAAGAAGCUUAUAUACAAGGCCAUGCUGAAACUCCACUGUAUCGGUUCUCCUUAGCAGAUGGUACUAUAGUGACGGCACAAACAAAGAGUAAACUGUUACGAAAUCCAGGAACUAAUGACCGUCAUGGAUUUGUCUCCACCCACUUCCUUCAAAGAGAACAGAAUGGAUAUCGUCCAAAUCCCAAUCCAGUGGGACAAAACAUCAGAGCAUCUACAGCUGGAAGCACAAAUUCUGUUGGUGCUAUUAUGAACAUGUCACCAGGUCAAAGCAUGCCAAUGCAGAACAGAAACUAUGGCAUGGGAGAUCCCAGUGCGAUGGGACAGAUGAGCGGCAUUAGAUACAUAGGUCCUGGUAAUAUUGGACCCAUCAACUCUGGACCAGGAAUGCAGUCCUCUCCUUAUCAGAACAACAAUUAUGGGUUAACGAUGAGUAGUCCACCACAUGGUAGUCCCAGCUUGACUUCCAGCCAACAGAACUUAAUGAUUUCUCCUAGGAAUCGUGGGAGUCCAAAAAUGGGUUCACACCAGUUUUCUCCAGUUGCAGGUAUGCACUCGCCAAUGGGAUCUGCUAGCAACACUGGCAACAACAGCUUCUCUAGCAGUUCCCUUAGUGCCCUUCAAGCCAUUAGCGAGGGGGUUGGAACUUCCCUUCUAUCAACACUUUCCUCACCGGGUCCAAAAUUGGAUAAUUCCCCAAAUAUGAAUAUAGCUCAGCAAAGUAAAAUGGGCAACCAGGACUCAAAGAGUCCUUCUGGCUUGUAUUGUGAACAAAGUCAAGUGGAGAGUUCUAUGUGCCAGUCAAACAACAGGGACCUCCUUAGUGACAAAGACAGUAAAGAAGGAAAUCUGGAAGGGUCUGAGAGUCAGAGGGGACCAAAUGAAAGCAAAGGUCAUAAAAAGCUCCUUCAGUUACUCACAUGCUCCUCAGAUGAGAGAGGGCAUUCUACGUUGUCAAACUCACCAUUGGAUUCUGGUUGUAAAGAAUCUUCUACCAAUGUUACAAGUCCCUCAGGAGUCUCCUCUUCUACAUCUGGAGGGGUCUCUUCGUCAUCAAACAUGCAUGGGUCCCUGCUACAAGAAAAGCACAGGAUUUUGCAUAAAUUGUUACAGAAUGGUAAUUCUCCAGCAGAAGUAGCAAAGAUCACAGCUGAAGCUACUGGUAAAGAUACCUACCAUGACUCCAGCAAUACAGCCCCCUGUGUAGAAGGAACUAUCAAACAGGAACAACUGAGUCCUAAGAAGAAGGAAAACAAUGCUCUACUCAGAUACCUACUAGACAAGGAUGAUAUAAAGGAUCCACUUUCAAAAGAAAUGAAACCUAAGGUAGAAGGUCUGGAUAAUAAAAUGGGACACUGCAGUAGCUCCACUAUUCCUACUUCAAGUCAAGAAAAAGAGAUUAAAAUAAAAACAGAACCUUCUGAAGAGAUGAGUGGAGACUUGGAUAAUUUGGAUGCAAUACUGGGUGAUCUGACUAGUUCUGAUUUUUACAAUAAUGCUAUGUCUACAAAUGGGAAUAGUCUUGGAACUAAGCAAACAUUAUUUCAAGGAAAUGCCCCAUUGGGUAUGAGAAGUCCCCAAUCUGUGCAGACUCCCCGUCCUCCUUUCAACAGAGCCAUGUCUUUAGACAGCCCAAUACCUGUGGGUUCAAGCCCUCCAGUGAGGAGUGUCAAUGCAUUCUCCAUGUUACAAAAGCAAAACAUCAUGGGUGGGAGUCCAAGAAUGAUCGAGAACCAGGAAAAUUUUGGCUCAAACAUGGGUGGACCCAACAGAAAUAUGGCUAUGAAUCAGCAUCCAGCAGGAGACUGGGUUUUGCCAAGCUCUAAGGUUAACAGACUGGAACCUACAAAUUCUGGUUCAAUGGUGAGACCAGGACCAGACUAUAACCUAUCCCUUCCCAGACCUACAGUGGGUGGCUCCAUGCCUGGUUUGCCCAUCCGGUCUAAUAGCAUACCUGGUACAAGACCAGUGCUACAACAGCAAAUGAUUCAUAUGAGGCCUACUGAGAUUAAUAUGGGUAUGGGAGGUAAUCCUUAUGGGCAAACAGGACCAUCUAACCAGCCAGGAUCAUGGCCUGAUAGCAUGCUGUCCAUGGAGCAAGGACCUCGAGGGUCACAAAACAGACAAUUAGUUAGAAGUUCUUUGGAUGAUUUAUUAUGUCCACCUCCUAACAUGGAAGGCCAGAGUGAUGAAAGGGCUCUUUUAGAUCAGCUGCACACCUUGCUGAGUAACACAGAUGUCACAGGACUGGAGGAAAUUGACAGAGCAUUAGGAAUUCCUGAUCUUGUAAAUCAAGGGCAAACUUUGGAACCGAAGCAAGAUUCAUUUCAAGGUCAGGAAUCUGCAGUUAUGAUUGACCAGAAGCCUCCAUUAUAUGGUCAGCCCUAUCAGGGGCAAGGGGCAGCAAUGCCAGGAGGUUUUACUAACAUGCAGGGACAACAGCAAUCCUUUAAUUCAAUGAUGAAUCAGAUGAGCCAACAGAGUAAUUUUCCACUGCAAAGUAUGCAUCCUAGAGCAAGUCUAAUGAGACCCCGAACCAAUACACCAAAGCAGCUCAGAAUGCAACUCCAGCAGAGGCUUCAGGGGCAGCAGUUUUUGAAUCAGACCCGUCAAGCACUUGAGAUGAAAAUGGAAAACCCAGGUACUGGUGGUGCCCCAGUCAUGAGGCCAGUCAUGCAGCCGCAAGUGGGGUCACAGCAGCAAGGUUUUCUUAAUGCUCAGAUGGUGGCUCAGCGCAACAGGGAGCUAAUAAGUCAUCAUAUCAGACAGCAGAGGAUGGCAAUGAUGAUACAGCAGCAACAGCAACAACCUCAGACCUUCAGUCCACCUCCAAAUGUGACUGCCUCAGGAAGCAUGGACAGUUCUCUGGCAGGUCCCCCAAUGGCUCAAGUUCCUUCGCAGCAAUUCCCAUAUCCGCCUAAUUAUGGAAUAAGCCAACAACCUGAUCCCACGUUCAGUAGAGUAGCAAGCCCUCCCAACCCAAUGAUGUCAUCAAGAAUUAGAGCCUCUCAAAAUCCCAUGAUGCAGCACUCUCAAACAGCAGCAAUGUACCAGUCCCCUGAGAUGAAAGGCUGGUCAUCAGGAAACAUGGCCAGGAGCAGUUCUUUUCCACAGCAGCAGUUCAGCCAUCAAGGGAGCCCUACAACUUAUAAUCUGAUGCAUAUGAAUGGCAGCAGUGGUCAUAUUGGACAAAUGAACAUUAACACCAUGCCUAUGUCAGGGAUGCCUAUGGGUCCAGACCAGAAAUACUGCUGA